CGGCGCUGCCCGCCCCGGGGAGGGGUGCUCGGCGCUGCGCACCGCGAGCGGCCGCGGGUGUCUAGGACCCGGCGGGGGAGGCGGUGCCGGUGCCGGUCCCGCCCCGGCCCCAUUGUCUGCGCGGAGGCGGAGGGCCCGGAGCGGCGGCGCCGCUCGCACGGACGCGCCGCGGAGCCCGCCGCGGCCAUGGCCCCGCCGCCGGCACGGGCGCCCCGGGCCCGCCUGGCGCUGCUGGCCGCCGCUCUCCUCGCCGCCACAGUGAGCAGCGAUGUGGACCCCCCCGACCCGGUGUACCUGCCGGCAGACCUGGAGGUGCUCGACGUGCCUGAGUACUACCGGCUGCAGCGGGCGGACCGAGACCUGCCAGCCAACACGUCGCUGCGGGCCCGCUCGGAGACCUACCUGCUGCUGCGGCACGGUGCUGCGGCACAGCCCCUCGUCCGAGCCACCUAUGCGCCCUUCAGCGCCCGCCAGGUGAUGCCGUCGGAGAGCCCCCGUGGGCAGGACAUCUUGGCGGGCUGGUCCAUCCGUGCUGUGCCGGUUGAGAGUGCGGCGUCACCCGCCCAGCCCUUCGCUCGCGUCCUCUUCCACCUGCAGGGCCCUGACUGGCUGCCAGGGGUGCGGGAGCUGCCCUGCGUCGCCCUCCAGGCACAGCACCGGGGCCGGGCCACCCACGGGACCUGCCGCCUGCAGGCACCGCUGGGCGUCUGCGUGGUGGAGCUGGAGAUCCCCCCGGCCUGGUUCUCUGAGGCCCCCGAGCCGGCAGAGCUCUACUACGGCAUCGUGGGGCCAGGCGAGUGUGGCCGGGCCAGGGGGCGGCCAGAGGGGCUGCGGCACGCCGGGCGACUGGAGCUGCGGGGAGCCGAGCCGGCACGGCGGCAGGAGGUGCGGCUGGACGACAAGGUGCUGCUCCGCGUGCCCGAGGCCACCCUGCGCCCGGGGCAGCUCUUCACCGCCACCCUCGUCCUGCGGCGCAACUUCACUGCUGACCAGCUCACGCUCCGGGUGAAGGCGAAGAAGGGGCUGCAGGUGGUGGCGGCCCGGCCGGCAGCCCCCGCCACCUGGGCUGCCCAGCUGGAGCGGGCCCGGGGCGCCAAGCACUCCACCGCUGUGGUGACCUGCCACCGCCGCGGCGCCGGGGGACGCUCGCCAGACAGGGUGGCCGAGGGGGCCGAGCUGCUACACCUGGACCUGGCGGUGGAGAACGGCACUGGGGGGCUGGCGGCGGCGCGGCCUGUCACCUGGCAGGUGGAGUACCCUGGCCAGGAUCCCGAGGCCCAGAAGGACAAGAUGGUUUGGGAGAUCCAGGUCUCAGAGCGGGACAUCCGCGCCCUGGUGCCGCUGGCACAGGAGCUGGAGAUCGUCAACACGGCCCCGCUGAGCGGCGUGCCCCGGGCCGUGCCGGUGAAGCUGAUGGCUGUGGAGGCUGGGGGCGGCGUGGCUGAGGUCACCGAGCAGCUGGGCUGCGAGUCAGCUGACAAGCAGGUGCUGCAGGUGUCCGACGCCUGCGAUGCCGUGUUCGUGGCGGGCAAGGAGACCCGGGGUGCCCGUGGGGCCCGUGUGGACUUCUGGUUCCGGCGCUUCCACGCCUCGCUGCGCUUCACCGUCUGGGCGCCACUGCUGCCCCUCCGCGUCGACCUGCGUGACACCACGCUGGAGCAAGUGCGGGGCUGGCGCCUGCCUGGUGCCUCCGCCGACGGUGCCCCCACCGAGGUGGAGGAGCCCGGGGAGGAGGCUGAGCGGCGUGCCCGGGGCUGCCGGCCCCAGUACCAGCGCACGGCAGUGCGGUUCCUGGCGCACUUCGUGGCCCACCCGCUCGAUGGUGGGCGCCACCUCGCCUACCUGCCCAGUGCCGAAUGGCUCCUUGACGUCUCCCACCUGGUGGCUGCCCGGGCCCGGGUUGUGGACCCCCGCGUGGCCUCGCUGGAGGCGGGGGCUGUGGUGGUCGGCCGGGAGCCUGGGGUGACCUCCGUGGAGGUCCGCUCGCCGGUGUCGGACUCCAUUCUGGGUGAGCAGACGCUGGUGGUGUCAGAGGAUAAGGUGACGGUGACAGAGCUGCAGGCCCAGGUGGUGUCGGGGCUGUCGCUGACGGUGACGGUCGAUCCGGGGCGCCCCGACAUCGUCGUGGCCGUCUGCCAAGGGAUGGCCGUGCCGCGCUCCCUCAAACAGGAGGUGACGCUCUCGGUCUGGCUGGCCUUCUCUGACCGCACGCUGGCCCCGCUGGAGCUGUAUGGCUGGCAGGAGGCGGUGCUGGCUGUGGCCUCUCCGGACCCGGCCGUGGCUUCGGUGCGCCUGCCCGGGGCCACCCUCUCACGCCCGCUGCUGGUGGCUGAGGGGACGGGGCGUGGGGCACUGCUGCAGCUCAGCCUGCAUGGCCCAGAUGCCUGCCGCAAGGGCCGGCACCGGGCGGCACCCCUGGCCACUGGCACCGCCUGGCUCGAGGCGGGCCACGGCUGGCGCCCGCCCACCCCCAGCAGCCCCAAACACCGUGGCGGCCGCCCCCGGCCCAGCUCACCCUUCCUGCGGGCUGAGGGGGCCAUGUCCGGGGAGGCGGUGACGGCUGCAGCAAGUGAGCCGCAGAGGAAGGUCCCUGCCGGUGUAGGACCAGCCUCCACCAAGCUCCAGGGGCUGGGGUCUUCCUCGGAGGAGGAGGAGGAGGAGGAUGGCUAUGGUCACAACCGCACUGGCGGGGAGGAAGAGGAAGAGGAGGAGAUGGUGAAGGCCCCCGAACGGGUGACUGACCUGGAGAUUGGCAUGUAUGUCCUGCUUGGCGUCUUCUGCCUGGCCAUCUUCAUCUUCCUCAUCAACUGUGUCUUCUUCGUCUUGCGGUACCAGCACAAGGAGCCACCGGAUGCUGGUGCAGCCCCCUCUGCCCCACAGCCCCACAACUGGGUUUGGCUGGGUACCGACCAGGAGGAGCUGAGCCGGCAGCUGGACCGCCGGCAGCCGGAGCCCAGCGUCCAGCCAGUGCCAGGGCUCCAGGCCGGUGCUGAGGGUGGGCGGUGCUGCUGUGGGGUGUCCCCGGGUGCUGUGCCGGUGCCUGGCCCUGCUGCCAAGGAGCCCGCUGGCAGUCCGCUCCUGGGUGCCCCGGUGCCUGGUGCUGCCCUGCCCCGCAAGGAGGGGGGCGCGCCAGGGGGCAGCCGGAGGAAGCGCGUGGAGUUUGUCACCUUCGUGCCUCCGCGGGCGCCCGAGGAGCCCUCCCCGCCUGCCCCCAACGUCCAGUCCAUCCUGGUGGCCAGUGAGGACGACAUCCGCUGGGUAUGCGAGGACAUGGGGCUCCGGGACCCCGAGGAGCUCAGGAGCUACAUGGAGAGGAUCCGGGGCAGCUCCUGACCUGGGGGGGCUGUCCCCAGCCCUCCUGGCUGGUACCAGGCCAGGCAAACCAGUAAGGGACCAACCUCCUCCUCCCCACACCUCCCUGGGGAGACGUGUUCCUGCCCCACUUCCCCUGCUUGCGGCAGGCCGUGCUGUGCUGGGGGACCCAUACCUGUCCCCUCCUUGGCCACUGUGGUGGCUGGAACCCUGCACCACCACGGUCACUGGAGAGACCAGGCCCGGAUGCCUGCGGCUUUAUGGGAAAGACAUUGCCAUUAGGGACCAGCUCGCACAGCCAUUGCCUCCCAGCUCGGAGUGUCUGCGCUCCUCGUGGUCCUCACCAGCUCCCCAGGCCCACCUCGCUGGGAGGUUCACCACUGCCACCAUGCACGUAGGCAUCCUGCUGGUUACCUUGGCAUUGGAGGAUGUUUUCGUCACUGGAAGCUGCCCCUGGGGGGGGGGGGGGGGGAUUGUGCGGAGGAAGCCUGAGUCCCCUUAUUGCUUUGGGUCUCAUUGCAACAUUGUGUUCAUAGUGAUGAUGAGUCCUGUGGUCUGAUCCCGGGGACUGGCCUGUGUUCACCCACCCCAUCCCCAGCCCUGUCCCCUCGCAGUGAGGAGGGGGGCUGGGGAGGUGCGAGCUCAUCCCCACCUUCACCCUGGCCAUGCAUCUGUUUUGUAUGAUCGGCAUUUUAUACCUGUAGCAUUGUGGGAAGGGGCUGCCAUGAGGGGGUCUGUUAUUUAUGGAAGAUUUUUAAUUCUGACAUUGUUACAAAAAUAAAAUAUUUAAAAAAGCUGA